UUCCUUGCUGUAGAUUUGAAAGUUGAAAGUUUGGAAGAGCAGCAUUCUCUGCACUAUGUGUACACGGCCCUGUCAAAGCCAGUCUCUGCACCUGGAAUCUUCGAAUUUACUGCUAUCGGCAUACUGGACGACAGAAAGAUUGAUUACUAUAACAGCAGAGACAAGGUCAAGAUUCCUCAACAGGCCUGGAUGGAAGAAAAGCUUCCAGCGGAAUACUGGAACCAAGGCACCCUGUCACGCAAAAGCAAAGAGCAGUGGUUAAAAGUUAAUGUAAACAUUCUGAUGGAACGCAUGAGACACAACAACUCAGAUAUUCAUGUCCUUAUGUGGAGAGUUGGUUGUGAUGUCAUCAGCAUGCCAGACGGUUCUCUCAAGUUUGUCAACGGUUUGUACGAGUUCAGUUAUGAUGGCAUGGAUUUCCUUUCCUUUGAUGUGGAUUCAACACUGUGGUUGGCCCCUGUUACUGCAGCUGUAGCCACAAAACAAAAGUGGGACACUGAUCCAAAACAAAACUCGUACAUCAAGCACUACGUGGAGAAAGAGUGUGUGCGUUGGCUGAAUGAUCUCAGAAGAUACAGGGACGAGAAUGAAAAGCAGACAGGUUAUCCACCAAAGAUUAAUCUGUUUGCUAAAGAUGCCCAAUCUUCAGAUACAUACAAGUUGACCUGUAUGGCCACAGGCCUCUACUCAAGAAACACUGAGAUCAGCAUCCUGAAGUCUGGCUGGUCUGUAGUGAAAGGUUACCCUUAUGAAUUCGUGCCCAAUGAUGAUGGAACCUACCAGAUCAGACUGAGUGUGGACGCAAAGAAAUCAGAGAUAAAUGAUUAUGGAUGUGAGGUGAAUCACGGGGACCAAAAAACCAGACUUGUAGCCAAAUGGCCCAAAGGUGAAAUCACAUUGCAUGGCUAUGCCUUUCAAUUUACAACUGGAACUUUACAGAUCAGAGUGUAUUUGUACCACAAAGAAAACAGGAUUUAUGGAAUAUUUUCUACUCCCUCCGCCAUUGGACUGUGUGUGCCAUAUGUACUGGUGGUGCUGGGACUGGUGCUGCUGCUGGUGGUGCUGGUGAUCGUGGGGGUCAUUUGUGUGAAAAAAGGCAUUAUUGAGUUUAAAUUCAAUCGCCCAGGUUCCGGGUUCAUGGCUCCCAUGUGCUUCACCAGCCAGGACUUCACAUACUGUGUUGGAUUGAACUUUGUGAGUGGCGGGCCAUUCAGGAGGCAGCGAAAUGACAUCAACAUACCUGGAAAUGGAAAUGCAACCUCUGCAGAUGGGUCAGCUGGAAAGAAUGAACGUGGCUCACUGCCAGGAUCAACACAGACUAGUGUGGAAAUCAAGCCUCUACUGGAGGGAGGACCAGUUGCCGUGAAGAAAAACGCAGAUUCUGACUCUGGUAAUAUGACUUUUUAG